AUGUUGAAAAGAAGAUCAACCAUUAGAAGGGCUGCACAAGCCCUAGGUGUUGGGAAAUCAACAUUUUGGAGGUGGAAACAGGCAAAACAGAUCAGAACACACAAUAAUGCAAUUAAAAUCUCACUUACCAGUGCACAGAAGUUAUUGAGACUACAAUUCUGCCUGCAGUCUAUAGUAGUUGACACAACAAUCAAUAAGUUCAGAUUUAAAUCUAUGGCACACAUUGUCCACAUAGAUGAGAAGUGGUUUUAUCUUACAAAGACGGCCCAGAAUUUCUACUUAUCACCUGAUGAACCAGACCUUUACAGGCCAAUCUAUGAUUCACAAGGUUUAUGUAUUUUUGAUGGAAAAAUAGGGAUGGCAGCAAGGACAUUGGAGACUAAAGCAAUUACCUCUAUUACAAGAGAAGUUAUUAAGGACUAUAUGAUCAAUAGGGUUGUUCCAUAUUUGAAAGCUUUGUGGCCAUUGACAGAAGGAACAAAUAUUGUGAUUCAGCAGAAUAAUACCAGACCACAUUUCAGUGAUGAUGACAUUCAGUGGAGAGCAGUUGCUUCAUCAGAUGGAUUUAAUAUCCAUCUGAUGCAACAACCUGCUCUUUCACCAGACUUGAAUGUGAAUGACCUAGGUUGGUUCAGGACAUUGCAAUCAAUACAAGAGGAGGAGGCACCUAUGAAUGUUGAUGAAUUAGUUCUUCAGAGUUGUAUGGUUGAGAUUAUGAUGCAAAGAGGACAUAACAACUAUAGACUGCCACAUAUGAAGAAACAAACUCUUUUAAGGGAAGGAGCACUACCAGAAGUUUUGGAGGUAGACAACAAUUUGGUGUCAUUAUGUGUUGAUUACUGUGUUGAUGCAGGCCUUAAUGAGGCCAUGUUACCAGUUAUCUUAGAGUUGAUGAAGUUGGAGGCAGAACAAGUUUAA